UUUAAUAUGAUUGAAUGCAAUUUGGCACCCUGACACAAGUCAUCAUUAACUCUAUUUCAUGUUUCUCUCUUUAUCAAUCUAUCUUUUUCACCACUCUUCUCCAUAGUAUGUAUCUAUAUAUAGUCCCAUCUAUCCUCCAUUCUUUUUACUGUUCUCCAUAAAGCCAAUGCACUGCCACCAUAGUCCAUAGCCUAACCCCAUUUUCUGUCCUUCACCUCUUAACACCAUUUUGCUUCUUUUUUAACCCCAAACCAUUUCUUUGAGAUAUAGAGAACAAAACAUGGGUGAUAAAGAGGAUGAGUUGGGUUUGGGUUUGAGUUUGAGUUUGAGUUUAGGAUAUGGAGCAAAUGCAAAUAAUGCUCCUUUGAAAGUGACUCACAUGCACAAGCCUCCUCAAUCGGUUCCAAAUCAAAGGGUUUCCUUCAAUAACUUUUUCCAUUUUCAUGAUCUGAGUUCCGAAACGAGGUCGUUUAUCGGUGGAAUAGACGUGAACUCGCCGGCGACGGCUGCGUGCGACGAUGAGAAUGGAGGUUCAUCUCCGAACAGUACAGUGUCAAGUAUCAGCGGAAAGCGAAGCGAGAGAGAAGGAAAUGGAGAAGAGAACGACGCAGUUGAGAGAGCCUCUUGUUCUCGAGGAGGGAGCGACGACGAUGAUGGAGGAGGAUGCGGCGGCGACGGUGACUCUUCAAGGAAGAAGCUGAGAUUAUCGAAGGAACAAUCGGUGUUGCUGGAAGAAACAUUCAAAGAGCACAACACAUUGAAUCCGAAACAAAAGCAAGCAUUGGCAAAGCAGUUGAAUCUGAUGCCCAGACAAGUGGAGGUGUGGUUUCAAAACAGGAGAGCAAGAACCAAGUUGAAGCAAACUGAAGUGGAUUGCGAAUACUUGAAGAGAUGCUGUGAGACUCUAACCGAAGAGAAUAGGAGGUUGCAAAAGGAAGUGCAAGAACUUAGGGCAUUGAAGUUAUCCCCACAACUCUACAUGCACAUGAACCCUCCCACCACUCUUACAAUGUGCCCUUCGUGUGAGCGUGUCGCAGUGUCAUCUGCAUCCUCUUCAUCAGCCAACGUCCCCUCUGCUCUGGCUCCAGCUAAUCGCAACUCGAUAGGCCCAAGCGUUCAGCGGCCAGUACCUCUCAACCCUUGGGCGGCAAUGUCUAUCCAAAACCGUUCCCGACCAUGAAUUUUCGUCCCCGAAUCAGUAGGGUAAAGUUCAAGCUUUAGGCAGAGGGACAUUUUAGAUGCUAGACAGAAAAAUGAAUUAAUUCUAUAGUGCACUUUACUUUAGUGUUGGUUCACUAGGACUUGAGCUUAUGACUUUGGUUAACUUUUAAGUCUAGGCUUAUUUUAUUUUGGGCCUAGAGAUAACAUGUUUUACUCAACUUUAGGGUGUGUAAAGUUUGGACAUGUUAAAGUAGGUUGUGUUUUUCAUAUGCUAAAUUAGUUUUUUUAUAAACUUUGAAAGGAUGAAAAGGAGAAUCCGAAUCUGUUUUAUAUAAUAUACUUUUCUCAUGUGAUUUGUCAUA